AAUCCCAUUUUCAUUGUGAUACCAGAUUCUGCUGCUUUCCAGAAUGAAAUUGGUAAAUUAUCAAGUGUCUGUAUCCACUGGCGAUCUUGCCUAUGCCGACACUUUUAACAAUGUCUUCAUUAAGCUGGUAGGAACAGAUGGGGAGAGCAAACGCACGUGGCUCAAAGGAACUUUCACCAAUGGAGUGUUGAUUUCCUGCCCUGUCUCCAUUGGAAAGCUGGUCCUGAUAGAGCUGGACAAACAGUGUAUCUCAGUGUUCCCUGAAGACACUUGGUUCCCCACCAAGGUGGAAGUGAAAUCUCCUGAGGGAGAUACCUACAACUUUCCCAUCUACCGCUGGAUCACCGACAGCGAGGUGCAGCGCUUCCGAGAGGGAACAGCUCUGAGAGUCUUCGAAGACAACAAUUAUCUCGGCAGGUACAGUCGGCAGAAGGAACUGCAACAAAGAGAGAAGGACUAUCGCUGGGAUGUGUAUGCUAAGGGAAUACCCCACUGCAUGGAGGCAACAGACCCUUGUUCUUUGCCUUGUGAGAUCCGCUUCUCCUUUACUAAGAACACAGAGUUUCUCUACACUGCAGCCACCGGGUUGACUGAACUGCAACUUAAGGGUCUGGCUGAUUGCAAGAAGAACUGGACAAAUAUUGAAGAUAUCGAUCGGGUGUUCUGCUGCAAACGGACUCGCAUAUCAGACUAUGUCCACAAACAUUGGAAGGAGGACGCCUUUUUUGGCUACCAGUAUCUAAAUGGUGUCAACCCCAUGUUGAUCCGACGUUGUUCAGCUCUGCCUGAUAACUUUCCUGUCGCUGACGACAUGGUCUUCCUCCAUGAUCAGGGUAGCUUGAGAAAGGAAAUGGAGAGAGGCAAAAUAUUCCUGUGUGACUACAAGCUUUUGGAUGGAGUGAAAGCAAACACCAUCAAUUUGAAGAAGCAGUUCUUGAUGGCUCCCCUCAUCCUACUCCACGAAACACCUGAUGAUAAACUGAUGCCAAUUGCUAUUCAGCUGAAGCAGACUCCAGCAGAUGACAACCCCAUCUUCUUUCCUACUGAUUCUGAGUACGACUGGUUGAUGGCCAAGAUUUUUGUGAGAAGUGCAGAUUUCAGUGCGCAUCAACUCAAUGUUCACCUGCUGCGCACUCAUCUGCUGGCUGAAGUGUUUGCAGUGUCACUGCUGCGUAAUGUGCCAAUGGUGCAUCCACUGUACAAGCUCCUCAUACCUCACACUCGCUACACUCUGCAGAUCAACUACUUAGCUCGAAGACUUCUAAUAUCUGAGACUGGAGUUUUUACACAGUUUGCAGCUUCUGGUGGAGAGGGUAUAAUGACAAUCCUGAAGAGAUCACUGUCCUCAAUGACCUACAGCUCCCUCUGCAUACCAGACGACAUCGUUGAGCGUGGUGUGGAGGCUCUGCCGAACUUCUACUACAGGGAUGAUGGACUCAAGCUUUGGGAUAUCAUUCACAGGUUUGUGGAGGGAGUGCUCAGCUUCUACUACAAGAAUGACGCCGAGGUGGAGAAAGACUCUGAACUGCAGAAGUGGAUUUCAGACAUUUUUGAACAUGGAUUUCUUUCCCAGACGGGCACAGGAAUUCCAGAGAGCUUUACCACCGUGGUUGAGUUGGUCAAGUUUGUCACCAUGGUGAUCUUCACUUGCUCAGGACAGCACUCAGCUGUUAAUACUGGACAGUAUGACUAUGGUGGCUGGAUGCCCAACACUCCCAUCUCUCUGCAACUUCCUCCACCAACCACGAAGGGGAAAACAAGCAAGGCCACGAUGCUGCAGACAUUCCCUGAUGUCAACACAACAGUUCAGGGAAUGGCCACCAUGUGGCUACUCAGCAAGCAGUCGUCUGACUUCGUCCCUCUUGGCCAAUACCCAGAGGGCCAUUUCAGUGAGAAGAUUCCCUGCAAGCUGAUAAAGGAUUUUCAAGGAGAGCUUGAAGGGUUAAGCGCGGACAUCAAAGCCAGAAACGAGAGUCUGGAGGUCCCAUACACAUACAUGGAUCCAAGAGAGCUAGAAAACAGCGUGGCCAUUUAAAUAUCAGAAGGUAUGACCUCCUCAGCUGUUGGCCAAAUUCAGCUUCACAUUAACAAAAGUGAGAAAGGGAAGAACUGCACGUUUCUGUUUAACUGGUACUAUAGUGGAAUUAAAUGACUACAUGGGAUUGUUGUAUGCUGAUCUGUUAUGUAUACAGUCUGAUUGAUUAAACGGUGGUGGAAAAAGUUGCUAUUUUAAAUCACACACUAAAUCUUCUUAGUUUCAAUGACUACACAGGGCAUCUUAUUAAAAUAAAUUACGAAUGAAAAAUAAAAAAUGUGAGAUUGUUCUGUGCCAGUUAAAUCUACAGAACAAAAUAUAAGUGAUUCUGAGAAAGGUAGCAUGAGCUUUGUUCACUGUAAUUGUUUUCAUUUUACUGAUGAUGAAACUUUGAAUCAAGCUGUGCUAGAGAAA